AAGAGUGGAAGAGAGUGAAGUAGCUGAAAUGAAGCCAUGGAUUGCGAGAUUAUAUCGGGUCGUAAAUAUAGGAGUGUUUGUUUUAUUCGGGUCGGGUACGGGGCGGUUAAGAGCAAUGACAGCUGAUAUUUUAAUCGAACGGAUAUCAGGAAAUGGGUUUAUGGACUUUGCUUGAAGCCUGUCUCCUUUUUGCAAAUGCAAUGGCAAUACUGAAUGAAGAUCGAUUCCUUGCUCGGAGAGGAUGGACUUUGGCAGAAAUUCCUGGAAGUGGAAGAAAUUCACUGAAAGGGCAGAUCAUAGGGCUCAUACAUGCAUGCCAGUUUUUUAGACUACCCCUGAUAAUUUUAAAUGUUAUCGUUAUUGUUUUAAAGCUCUUCACUGGGUGAAGAUGGUAAAAUUGAUUACCAGUGUGACAUAUUUAUUUGGGCACUUUGUGAAUUAUUGCCUAAUCGAUUAGUUAUAUUCAGAGAAGCUUCUGAGUUACUAGUUA